AUGGUGAAAGUUGCAGCUCUUCUCGUUACACUCCCCGCCGUCGCUUCCGCCGCCUGCAUCUCCUCAGGCGACCACAGCACGAUCAACAAUGCGCUCCGUAGCGGCGGCGCAGGGGCCGUGGUGCAGCUGUGCGAAAACGCCCUGAUCAAGAUUACGGACCAAAUCUCGUUCACAGCGGACGACCAGGAGAUCUCGACCCAGAAUUACCCGACCGGCAACACGAGGGCCACGAUCCAGGUGGCGCCCGGCAGUGCCACCAACACCCUGAUUGCGGGCCGCUUCAACAGGAUCAAGAUCAAGAACGUCCAGUUGGACGGCAACCGCGCCGGGGCGGGCUUCCACCAGGAAGGCGGCGCCAACAUUGAGAUUGGCGGCCAGUCGACGGGCCAGGUGGUGUCCAACGUGGCGUCGAGAAACCCGCGCGGCUGGAGCUGCCUGCAUGUCAUUGGGUCUGGCAACGAUGGCAGCCCGUGCAAGCAGGCCACCAUUGUGAAUAACGACAUUGGGCCCUGCGGUCAGUCUGGCUACAAUGACCAAGGCCAAGGUCUCUGGGCAGACGGCAUCUCGCUUGACUGCACCGAUUCGCUAGUCCAGGGUAACACGAUCAAUGGCCCCACGGAUGGCGGUAUUGUAAUCUUUGGCUCACCUGGAAGCACCAUCAACAACAAUACCAUCGUCUCUUCCCCUGACUAUCUCGGCUUCGGUGCUAUCAACAUGGUGGACGGCCAGUAUCAGGGUAGCUACGCAGGUGUCAAGGUGACGAACAAUAAAAUCCAGGGCAACAAGAUUUUCAACCUCGGCAUCGGCAUUGGAGCAAAUGUGUGGUCCUUUAACGACCCGUAUGCUCUCCACGGACCGGCAGAGAUUACUGGCAACAGCAUCAGCGGGCAUGUCGUGUUCCCCAUUGCGGUCAACGGCUGGACUGGUGGCAUCACGGUUACCGGAAACGAUGCGUCGGGCGCCACCAAACCCAAGUCGAGCUUCUCAGACGCAUCGCACUGCGUGGGCCCGAUCCAGGAAGUGUUCAACCAGAAUGCCAAUUUCGUCUACUUUCCGGCCGGGGUUACGGGGUCCAAGAACCUGCAGCCCGAGUUUGCGGCGUCCAGCGGCAACAUGACCAAUUUUCUGUGCAGCAGCCUGCCUCUUGCUGACGCCAAGACGUUCCAAAAGAGCCAGCUCGACGUCGUGUCCGACUCGGGCCCGUUUGCCGACCUGCACGGGGUGGUCGCCCAGUACCAGGGCGACAGCAACGUGGUGGUGCUGCAGGGCGGGAAGCCGGUCUGGGCGAGCGGACACACGCUCAGCCAGGGCUGCGGCAAGCCGAGCGGGUGCCGGCUGCGAUUCGGGGCGGACGGGAACCUGGGCACGUACUACAACAAUGCGCUGCAAUGGAGCUCGAACACGGGCGGGCGCGGGAGCACGAUGGUGGUGAUGAACAAGGCACCAUGGAUUCAGAUCAAGGAUGGGUCCGGGAAUGUGAUUUGGGAUACGACCAAGAGCAGUUAA